AAUAUAACUUUUUUAAAGAUUUGUCAAGUCACGUGAUAGAGACGUUUGAGAGAGCUGGUCACGUGAUCCAGGUGAAGAUGGCGGACUCGGAGAUGUGUGUCAGGAGCAGCCGAGAGUUAUGGACCAUCUUGCUUGGGAGAUCUGCACUAAGAGAACCUGGCCAAAUCGAAACAGAAUUGGAUCGGAACUGGGAGAGACUUUUGCAGGGUCUGUCUUACUACAAACCACCCAGCACAUCAGCUGCAGACAAAGUGAAGGCUGAUAAAGACACGCCGCAAACUCUUAAAGACUUUGGACUUCGAAUCAGCAAACUGCUGGGUUUGGAUGAACAGCAGAGUGUUCAGAUUCUUCAGUGUUACCUCCAAGAAGACUACAGAGGGACUCGAAACACACUGAAGGCUGUGCUACAGGAUGAGAGACAGAGUCAAGCGCUGUUGCUGAAGGUCGGCGAUUUCUAUUAUGAAGAGAGACUGUGUGUGCUACGCUGCGUGUUACACCUCCUCACGUACUUCCAGGAUGAAAGACAUCCAUACAGGGCGGAGUAUUCAAACUGUGUGAGUAAACUGGAGAAAGAUCUGGUGUCCAAUUUCAGGCAGCAGUUUGAGUCUCUGUCCAGAUCAGAAGCCCCAACAUGGGAGACACAUGGAAAUCUGAUGACGGAGAGGCAGGUGUCACGCUGGUUCGUUCAGUGUCUGAAAGAGCAGGCCUUGCUGUUGGAGAUACUCUUCCUGUAUUAUGCCUAUUUUGAGAUGCCGCCCAAUGACCUUUUGACCUUCACACGCCUGUUUAAGGAGCAGGGCUUCGGACAGCGGCAGACAAAUCGGCAUCUAGUGGAUAAGAGCAUGGAUGCACUGGUCGAUCGCAUUGGAUAUUUCAGUUCUCUUAUUCUUGUGGAAGGGAUGGAUGUCGACUUCCUGCAUAAAUGCGCUUUGGAGGACCGAACUGAACAGCAUCAGUUUUAUGACCAGCAGGAUGUUUGCAAGGAAGUGGAUCAGAUGCUGUUGACGUUUGGGGACAUCUCUCACCAUGGGCCGGUUCUGUUGGCGUGGGUUCUGCUGCGACACACAUUGCGUCCAGAAGAGGUGGUCUCAGUGAUCAGGCGUCUGGGACACACAACUUUCCAGCUUGGGGUCUUUCAGUACCUCACUAACAUGCUGCAGGCACUGGGUAGCACGGGAAAUAAUUGCACAGCCAGCACCGCACGCAUGUGUAUUUAUGGCCUCUUGUCGUUCGUCAUCACAUCCUUUGAGGAGGACACACUUGGCAGCCAGCAGCACUUGAUCAAUGCAGCUUGUGAAGUUCUUGCUGCUCCUAGUUUGGCCGAACUGUUCUGGGAGUCGAAGCCAAACAUGGGUCUGGGUGUGAUUCUGGACAGCGCUGUGGGUGUGUUUCCGUAUAAGACCGGACCUUUGUUACAGCUGCUCACAGGCCUGCUCUCUGACAAAUCUACAGCUAAGAAGGUGUACACCUUUUUAGAUAAGAUGUCCUUUUACACUGAGGCCUAUAAGCACAAACCCAGUGAUGUGAUCUCCAGGGAUGACGGGACUCUGUGGAGAAGACAGACACCCAAACUUCUUUAUCCUCUGGGUGCGGGGCAGACAAACCUGCGCAUGCCCCAGGGCUGUUUCGGGCAGGUGUGUGAGGGCAAGCAGAUGUCUGUGGGUGAACAGGGUUUCUUGGUACGUUGGGAUUAUUCCUACAGUUCCUGGACUCUCUUCACUUGUGAGAUAGAGAUGCUGCUGCACGUCGUCUCUACCGCAGAUGUUCUGGUGCACUGUGAGCGAGUGAAACCCAUCUUGGAUCUGGUUCAUAAGAUCAUCAGCACCGACUGGACGGUUUCUGACUGUCUGCUGCCUCUCACCUCACGGAUCUUCAUGCUGCUACAGAGGUUGACCUCUGUCAUUAACCCACCAGUAGACGUCAUCACUUCUUGUGUCAACUGUCUGAUCGCUCUGGCCGCCCGACAGCCUGGAAAGGUCUGGUCCAGUCUUCAUCAUACUGGAUUCCUUCCCUUUUCCUCCAGCCCUUUGACCAGCAUGGCUCAGACUAUCAGUGCCGAGGGUAUGAAAGCUGGUAACUAUGGCAACCUGCUGGUGUUAAUAGAGCAACCCAGAGGGGAGUACAACGUGACCAUCGCCUUCCUGAGACUGGUUACUACACUUGUCAAGGGUCAGUUGGGCAGCACGCAGAGCAGAGGACUCAUCCCAUGUGUGCUGCUGGUUCUGAAGGAAAUGCUGCCCACUUAUCACAAGUGGCGCUACAACGCGUAUGGAGUCAGAGAGAGGAUUGGAUGUCUCAUUUUAGAGCUGGUUCAUGCUAUUCUUAAUCUGAGUCAGGAGGGGGAGUCAGAGGGCAGUGCCCCCAGUCUUCAGUCGCUGUGUAUCUACAGUCUGGCCAACACUGAGGCAGGGCAGGCCGUGGUCAACAUCAUGGGUGUUGGAGUGGACACAAUCAACAUGGUGCUAGCAGCACAACCCAGCAGUGGUGGUACAGAGGGACCUGGUCAGGUUCUGAUCCAGACAGUUAAGUUGGCGUUUUCAGUCACUAACAAUGUGAUCAGACUCAAACCUCAGUCUGACACGGCAUCACCCCUGGAGCAAGCUCUUACACAGCACGGCGGUCAUGGCAACAACUUGAUUGCUGUGUUGGCGAAGUAUAUUUACCACAAGCAUGACCCAGCACUGCCCCGACUCGCCAUACAGCUGCUAAAGAGACUUGCCACGGUGGCUCCCAUGUCCGUAUACGCCUGUCUGGGAAAUGACGCAGCUGCAAUCAGAGAUGCGUUUCUAACACGCCUACAGAGUCGAACCGAAGACAUGCGCAUUAAAGUCACCAUACUGGAGUUCCUCACCGUUGCCGUUGAAACGCAACCUGGACUCAUUGAGCUCUUCCUCAACCUGGAGACCAAAGAUGGCAGUGAAGGGGCAAAGGAGUUUUCUUUAGGUGAAUGGAGUUGUCUCUCAGUGGUGCUGGAGUUGUUAGAUUCGAAACAGCAGGGGAAGUAUUGGUGUCCUCCACUCCUGCAGAGGGCAGCGCUGGCCUUUCUCCACGCGCUGUGGCAGGACAGACGUGACAGCGCCCUCUCUGUGCUCAGGAGCAAAGAAAAAUUCUGGGAGAAUCUCACUACUCCUUUAUUUGUAAACUUGCCUCCCCCAUCUGAGACCACUGAGCCGUGUGUUCUGGAGUCUUGUGCUUUUGUGAUGAAGAUCAUUUCUCUUGAGAUCUACUAUGUUGUCAGUGGUGUGUUGGAUCCCUCUCUGAAAGCCGCUCUGGAGAGUUUUAGCAAAAAGCGUCGCUAUGAGUUCUGGUCCGAUUAUGUGCAAGAUCUGGUGUGUUUGGCAUGUGAUGGUGAGGAGGAAGGUCUGCGAUCACUUACAGAGUUUCAGAUGCUCAUAUCUGCCUGGAGGACCCUUUUAAUUCUCUCCACCAGUCAUUGUGAUGUCAUGCAUUUGAAGGACGAUACUGUUAGACAGAAGCUCUUCAUGGAUGUUUUGGAAGGAACCAAAGCAGCACUGCUGAUGUCUCAGUCCGUCUUCUGUCUGCGUCUGGGCUCUAUGAUGGUCACACUGCUCCUCAUCCUCCUCAAACAGUGGAAAAGCGUUCUGGUAUCUGCUCCAGCUUUGCUUCCUCCUCUGUCUUUGAUGUUGGAGAACGUUCUGCACGCUGAACAAAAGCUCAUGGACCAAACCAAAGCCAAACUGCUGUCUGCUCUCAUCUUAGCCCUGCAGGCACAGGGACUCAACGGAGGAGAGAUUACCCAGCUGCCCCAGAUGCUGUUGUGCGUCUGUGAGAUGGUUCAGGACGAGUCACUGGCGUUGAUUGACAGCACGCGUCACAUGAUCCAGAGGGGUGACAGUCAGGAAGACAGUAUGGAAACAGACAGUCCAAUCCAGAAAGAUCAGCAAGACUCAGUGUGUGUGUUAGCUCUUCAUCUGUCUAAAGAGUUGUGUCGGGCGGAUGAAGCAGGUGAACAGUGGCUACAGGUGAUGAGGAAACUGCCGGUUCUGCCAUCGGUUCUAAGCACGCUAGAACUCAGCCUGCGCUCCAAACAGAACCUGUAUUUCAGUGAGGCCGCGCUGCACCUGCUGCUUACGCUCGCCAGAACACCACAGGGGGCAGCAGCGGUUGCAGGUGCUGGAGUCAUUCAAAGCAUCUGUCUUCCUCUCCUCAGUGUAUACGAGGGUCCGGCUAAUGGAGCCGCACAGGCGUUUGUGCGUAAGUCUCAGGACGCCCCCAGCUGGCCGGGUGUGUACAGGUUGAGUUUGUCUCUGAUGGAAAGUUUGCUAAAAACCCUCCGUUAUAACUUCAUCAACGAAGCGCUGGACUUUGUAGGGGUGCACCAGGAGCGAAUACUGCAGUGUCUGAACGCGGUGAGGACGGUUCAGUCUUUGGCGUGUUUAGAUGAAGCCGAUCACACCGUGGGCUUCCUGCUUCAGCUCUCCAACUUCUGCAAAGAAUGGCACUUUCAUCUGCCACAGCUGCUCAGAGAUGUACAGGUGAAUCUCUGUUAUCUGUGUCAAACGUGUACCUACCUCCUGCACAGCAAGAAAAUGCUUCAUCAUUACCUACAGGCAAAGAAUGGGGAGGGGCUUCCUCAAGGACCACACCCCCAGCGUGCGGCACAACCUGUCUCUAAAGAGCAGGUGAGUGGCGAGAGAGAAGAGGCGGAGUCUAAAGCCCUGCAAGCAGUUCAAUGCAGCCUCUUAAAGAUUCUCAGCAAGACGCUAGCGACGCUGCAACACUUCACACCGGACUGCUGUCAGAUAUUACUGGACCAGUCCAUGGACCUUGCUGAGUACAGGACUCUGUUUGUCUUGAGUUUUACAACUCCUGCAUUUGACUCGGAUGUGGCUCCGUCUUUUGGCACGCUGCUGGCAACCAUCAAUGUGGCUCUGAGCAUGCUGGGAGAGAUUGAAAAGAACAAGGAACCAGUCGUUUCAUCUGAAGACACACAAGCUCUGAAGUCUUUGUUGAUGUUCUCGAUGGAGAACUGCUUCUAUGUGUUGAUCUCUCAGGCAGUUCGCUGUCUGAAGGAUCCUUCAAUUUCACCCAGAGAUAAACAACGACUCAAACAGGAACUUAGCUCAGAGCUGAGCACAUUACUGUCUACGUUAUUCAGAUUUUUCCGACGAGGUUCUCCCUCCUCUCCUGCCAGCGGCCUCCUUCCUUCACCACAAACCAAACCACCCACGCAAGGAUCCAAGGGCACGCCGGAGGGACAGGAGCCUUUUAUUCAGCUGGUUCAGGCUUUCGUCCGGCACGUUCAACGCUAGACGCGCACACCUCAGACUUACUGCUCUCAUCAGAGCUUAGUACUUGAAACAGUUGAAUCAGAGAUCUGAAUGACUUCGUACGGGAUUAUUUACAACAAUGAAUCAGUUUGAGUGAUUCUGGGUUCUACUUUAACAUUAAAAAAAGACAUUUUGAUGCCAAAGUAGGCUUGACUUACACAGAGGGCCCUUUCUAUAUAAAUCUGUCUUGAAUCUCCAUAUUGAAGUCAUUGAAAACUGUCAUUACACUCAAAAGGGCCCUUGUAGUUACACGUGUGUAUAUAACAAAUAUGUUACAGACUUUGUCUUGUCAUAGGCUUUUUGUAUUCAACUUUUGUAUGUAAAAGUUGUUAUAUAUUUGUCUUAUUAACCGUAAUAAAGAAAUACAGAUAAAGUGAAA